UGUAAACCAAUUUCGAUUGGAUAGGAAGAACUGCGAUAGAAAUGUGAACAUGUUAUUAGUUCGUUGUACUAGACACUUGUUUUUUGUUAAACUAUUAUGUAUAUUAUUUCUCGUUGCUACCAAAACAUCAGAAAAUGAUUUGAUCAAGGAAUGUCCGACAGAAAUUCAGGAUGGAAUUGUAUGGCCAAAGACUAUGGAAAAUGAAUGUACUUCUUCGGAACCAAUGUGCCUUGACACAAAUCGGGAAAUAAUAAAAAGGUGUUGUUUAGAGAACCAAAUAUGGGAAGUAAGUCCUGCAUGUGAAUCGUACCAAGAUGACACCAGGAAUCCUUGUCCGGAUUCGUCAAUUAGGAAGAGUAAUAUUUGUUUAUUUGUAUUAAAUUCGACUUUUCCCCCAAAAUGUCCUUACGCAGAGAAUCUGGACUUUCAAGAAUAUAUAGAUUAUGUAGACGAUGAUCUUUUUCCGAUUUGGCUACCAGUAGAAAAAGAAGAUUCGAUUUAUGGGGAAGGUUUAUAUUAUUGGAAAGAAAAAUCUGAAAAUUACAUGUCGGUGUUUAAUAGCUCGUUCAUCUACGAUCAAAAUUCCACCAAUAAGUCUUGUUUACUCUAUUAUCCAGAUUUCUCAGUGCAAACUGCUCGCUGUGACGAAAUACAUACUGCAAUUUGCGCUUACGAUUCGAUCACCAAUCGAAAUAAAACUUUCUGUUCUCAAGUAUUCGGAUCGUCAUGUAAGCAAAGCAGCUACUCUCCAAAUUCAACAUGUUUCUGCAGCAUUCAUCGAAACGAAGAAAUUUUGUACAAAAUUGAAUUAUUGAUCCCCUACCAAAAUUUGUUGUUCCAAAAUCUGGAUGAAACGUGUUACAUAGGAUUGCAAAAGACAUACAAUGGGUAUAUAUGGGUGAAUUCAAAUACAUCUAUAGAUUAUACUUAUUGGUCACGUGACGCGAGUUUUGGUAAAAAUUAUUUAUACGGUGUUAUAUCUGCUGAUGGGUGGUUAUUGACAUCCGAAGACCAAGAAAAUAAUUGUACCUUGAUUGAAAAAAUGCUACCCGAAGCAGAAGAUGAAAUAAUUUUAGCAUACAAUGAAACAAGUUCUGAGUUUACGGUCACAAUUCGAAAAUCGUCGUUAUGGAAACAUAAGAAAGGUUCUGAUGAUCCAUUAAUCAUUUGUUUCACCGACACCAGUAUCCAACAUGUGAUCAAAAAGCUAAACAUUAAAAGAACUGAUGAUAAUCGCGUUGUGAGUUUCACCUUUCCAGCAUUAGAGGAUGGACCUGGAAAUUACUGGUGUAAUGGAUUUCUCUAUCCAACUUUGGAAGUAAAGAGAUCGGAAAUAUAUUUUAUACGACCCUCUUAUGAAGAAUUCGUAGCACCGAUUUCCCAUUUAUUCUCGGAUAAAACGAACCCAUUUUCCGAAGAAUAUCUUCAGUAUACUCAAGAACUUAUGGAAAAGGAACUAGAAAGAAAUUUGCCGGACACCCCGUUAUACCCUAGGAUAUUUGGUAUUUCAAAUAUUAACCUCAAUACCAAUACAGCGGUUCUUAAUUACCAUUUCACUACCAACGUUUAUGUCUCAGUAUAUUCAACGCAUAUGUCGUUACUAUCUUUACAACUCGAUAACUUUUCCCUUUCAAGUGUAUACACAUUUUCUAGUUGUAUUGGGGGUCGGACAACUAACUCCGAUGGUAGUCAAAUCACUUGGACCACCACUGAGUACGGUAACACCCUCUAUAAACCUAACGAGGGAUGGUGUAUCGAUCAAGAUGGAUUUGUGGUUACACGAACAUGUAAAGGUAAUUUCAUUGAAGGAGCAUCUUGGAGCGACAUUUCUGGACAGAACUGUUCUUUGGACUGGUAUGACGUCAGUCCAACUUUAAUAUUAGAACAAAUCAUAAAUGCCGAGCAUCCAAAUAUGUAUUUGCCGUUAGUUGUUCUACAAGCUCAAAGAAUAUAUGAAAUGCAACCCAAUGAUGUUGAUCUGGUAGCCCUAUAUUUGAAUAUCUUAGUUCAACAAAAUAAUGACAUCAACAUAACACAGUUAUCUCAACUCGUAGAUGCUGUAAUGAAAAUUCCUCAAUCGGUCUUAAAAGCGUCACAAGAAAGUUACAAGAGCACCGAUAAAAUUUUGAACAAUUUUCUCGAGAUUUUAAGAAAAACUAAUUUCAUUGGAACCGUCACCCAGGACUAUUUAUCUAUUACAUCCUUUUCCAUAGACACCUUCUACAGCGAUACGAUUAUUUGGAGGAAAGUUAAUGAUACAUACAUUUUGGAUUUCUUUAACUCAACUGACAGUAAUAUCAAAGAUGAAGAAGCAUUUGAAUCGGGUAUUAUUCUGAAUCCAGAAAUAAUGAAAGAUAUAAGUAAUAUUUCCAAUAACAAUAGUCGAAUAAUAAUCAUAGCUUACUUCAAACCUACGCUUUUCAACGAAUAUUUCGUGAGAGACUAUAAAUCAAUUAUAUACAGUACACUAUUUCUUAAUAUGAAUAUAUCUUCAAAAAAUAACUUGGACUUGAAUCUUUCAGUUGUUAUUUACAACAACAACUUUAGUUCUAAUACGUUCAGUUGUUCUUAUUGGAAUGACGGAUUUUGGAUACAUAAAACCACAAGCCAUUCCGAUUCAAAGAUACUCUGCAGCUUCGAAAAUACUAUAAACGUUGGAUUAGUUUCUACUACUAAUAUAACCGCCCUUCUAGAGGAAUUACAGAAAGAUAUAUCUUGUUAUGAUAGCAUCUCAAAAACUUUGAUGUAUUUGAAAAAAUAUUUGUCACUAUUUCAACCUAUUGAUGUUAGUAUCGUAAAUCUAAUAUUAGAUAAAUGUAAAGACGAAGAUUUAUUUCAUAUACACAUGAAUAUAGUGAACCAACUACUGGAUCUACCAGUUAAUAUCAUUCAGACUGCCAGAACAGAGUUUAAUGCGAAUAUUUUACAAACUUUCGAACAAAUAUUAAUAGGAUAUAAUCGUGAGUUUCCACUUACAGAAUUUAAGAAUUUCAUGGUUGCAAUACAGGAUAUAGAUCAAAAGAAUUUAACAGGAUUAUAUAUUUCGUGCAACAAAAAUAAAUGUUCCGUAAAGAUGAUGCAUAACUAUUCAUAUAUACCAGAAGAAAGUGAGAUCUACCUUGUGUUUGAUGAACAUCUCCUCGAUCAGUUUAUAUCGAACAAAAUCCCAAGAAUUAUUAUCACUUUAUUUGCCAACGAUGCUUUUUUCCUCACCAAAUCCGAGUACGGCGAAAAAUCAUUUUCAAUAAUUAUAGGUGUAACUAUCCCCGGGUUUGAUAUGGAAUUGGAAGGAAAUAUAUCUGUUACAUAUAAAUUGCAUUCCGAAGUGGUGGAUAAAACCUGUGAAUAUUGGGACGACUAUGAGCAGAAAUGGGUUGUAUCAAGUCCAGGAAUAUCAAUGAACAAUCAAAGUUACAUUUGUACAUUUUCGAAAACAAGUUACUAUGUAUUAGCCUUCAAUGCGUUGAAUGUUACCAACUUAUUGGAAACGCUCUUGAACUCAAAGGAGAAUAAUCUAGACAUUUUGGAAGGCAUCGAAAAUAUCACAUCUAAACAUCUAGCGAAAUUAGAAGCAAUAGAUAUUUCGCUAAUUGCCAUUUACUUCCAGACAAUACAAAAUGAAGAUGAGUUAGGAUAUGACGAAAUUGAUAUUUCUAUACAAAUUAUCAACAAUAUUAUGCAUGCUGCGCGAUAUAUCAUACAACAAGCUGAAUCAGAAUUCUACGCAUCAAGCAAAAUAUUGAUGUUUUUAAAAAAGCAAAUGACUAAAAUAGAAACAUCACAAACAUUCUGUAGCACCAGAAUCAUUGUGACAGUAUCAUAUAAUACAAAUGUUUCCGGAAUCGAGAUAUACGACAAUAAAAAUUUCUGCAAUUAUGAGUUAAUAGAAAAGAACCAUGAUUAUGGUAUAAACACCACAGGAAUAGUAUUUACUGGGGAUUAUAUGGAACAAAUCUCAAAUUCGGAUCAAAAAAUUAUCAUCAUCGCAUUCUAUAAUAACGUAUUUUUCUAUGACGGAGUUGUUAAUAAUCUCGAGGAAAAUAUAAUGACGAUUGGAGUAUUAGUACCGGAUAAUACAGUUAACAAAUUCAACGAAGAAAUAUCUGUAUUUUAUUCCAAUAUAACAAAUGAUCUCAAUACUAUAACUUGUGUUAGUUGGGGGUUAUAUGACCCGAAAAACAUAGCAGAUGGAUUUUGGGAACUACAAAGAAAAUUAUCAGACGAUUACUCUUGUAACUAUUUCAAAGAAGGUUGGUAUACGUUGUGGACGCAAGAUCAACAGAUAAAUGUUACGUUGAUGUUAGAAGAUAUUAAAGAUGGAUCAGUUGAGAGAAAAUUAGAUCAACUCGAAGCAGUUACAUCUUUUUAUGAUAGCUUCUCCUCUCACGACGUAUUUUUGAUGUUAAAUAUAUUAUAUAGGUGUACCGAUUUAACCACAGAUUCAGGUACGCUAUCAGUUUUGGGAAGAAUAAUAAUAAAUUUUUCCAAAAUACCGAAAGAUGUUAAAAAAAACUCUCAGAAACAAUACAAAACCAACGCAAUCAUGUUAAAUUUCAUAUCUAAAUUGGCUACUUUAAUAGAUACUAACAUCAAUUAUAAUAUCAAAAAUUACUUCCAAAUAUCAGUUUGUAACCUCACUGAGAGCAGUAGCAUUAUUAUAAUGGAUGAAAAUAUCGAUUGCUAUUCUUUAGAAGAAAAUAACUAUAAUUAUAGUUUACGUCUAGAUUACUAUCCGUAUAUACUAGUGAAUCCUGAGGUUCUCACAGUAACAAUUUUUAAAAACAACGAACUGUUUCAAAAUGAUGAAAAUUACGAUACUUCGGAUAUAAUACAUCUUUCAUUGAAAUCAUAUUAUAAUCAGUUAAGUACUUUCACCGUGGAAUUCAAUCAGGUUCAAAUACAGAAAAUAGAUUAUUCGUGUGCUUGUGGAUCAGGUUAUGGAACCUCCUCAGAUCAUAACUGGAUGUAUUUCAAAACAAUAAGGAAUGAUUUUUUAACAAUUUGUGAAGUUCCAAAUCUAGUGACAUGUUCAUACGUUUCAUUGGUGAAUCUUAGCGUUACUGAUAUACUGUCAGACAUAUAUUAUAGGAGUGGAACUAGUAACAAGCUUUUAUUAUUGGUGAACGUUCUCACGUAUUAUCAGGAUCAACUACAACUUUCCCAUAUAGAGAAAGUUUAUGAUAUAUUGAAUAUUUGCGAAAUCGGAGACGAUAAAGAUUUACAAAACUUGGCAGCUAUUGUUGAUGUUAUAAUGGAUUUGGAUAGAAACAUUUUGGCUUCGGCGCGUGAUAAUUUUACAGAAGAAUUACAUAACUGCAUCGAAAAAUUGAUCAAACAAUUUAAAGGUGAAACUAGAAUAUUGCAAUAUACAAACUUCGCCGUACUUAUUGGAUCAGAUAUUACUGGUAUAUUGUUCGAAGAAUCCAACUCUUCAAUGUAUUCCAUUAAAAGAGUUCUUACUGAUGAGUUUGAUACGUUAUAUACCUCGGACAUAACGUUGAUCAUAUCAAGUUUCAUGGUAGAUGAAUUAGAUACUGAAUAUACAAAAGUGUACCUGACAGUUUAUUUUAAUGAUGCUUUAUUCAUCGGAAGGUUGAAUAUGGCAUUCAAAAAAUAUGGAAUAAUAAUUGGAUUAGAGUUUGUAGAUCAAACCAUAGGAGACUAUAUGAAGAUAUAUUUCGACAACUACCACAAUAACACAAAUGUCUGUGCGUACUGGAACCAUCAAAUAAUUGAUACAAACAUUCAAACUUGGUAUUGGGAUACAGUCAAUCAAAGUCUUUGUGAAAACAGAAAGGGCAUAAAAUAUUUCGCUGUAUUAGAGAGCUAUAAUGUUACCGGCAAAUUGGAAGAUAUUUUUCAGUCCAAUAGUUCAACCGAAGAUCAACUACAAGAAGUUAUAGACAUCGUUAGCGAGAAUUCGGGAGAUCUCAAACCAAUUGAUAUUCAUCUUAUAGCAAAUAUACUAGGAAAAAUGCUACUAAGUACGAACAUCACUAAAGAACAUAUUGAGCUCACUUCUUGCAUCAUAAGUUAUCUGUUUACUGUAAACAAGCAAAUUUUGGCUGAAGCGCAAGCAAUUUAUUCUGCAACAGACAGUAUAUUAUUCACAGUGGAUGAAGUACUACGACGAUGUGAGGAUGUCUUCGUUGAACCCAUUAUUUAUAAUAAUUUCACAAUAAUAAAAACAGAAUUCAAAACAAGUAACGUAACAGGUGUGAUACUAGAUGAAUGUGCAAAUACAACUUGCAAAAUAAGCUUCCUGAUGAAUCAAACUCAGAUGAGUGUAAUUUCAACGGAGAGCAUGGAAAUAUCCAUAAUAUUCAGUGAUAAACUAAUGCAGCAGAUUGUUUCAAAUGGGAAUCCUGUUAAAUUGAUUUUAACUGUACAUUUCCACAAUAAUUUUUUCACCAGUGUAUCAAACAAAGAUAUCCAGACAAGUAAAAUCUUGGGGAUUAUAUUAGAUGGACUGGAGGAUCCAGUUUUACAAGGGCCAAUUUUAAUUACCUAUAAGGCCAAUCAUUUAAUUAAUGAUAAUGGUAGUUGUUCUUUCUGGAAUUAUCAGGUACAAACUUACAACGGAUAUUGGCAACAUGACAGCACCCCUACUAACUUUGGCAAUAAAUAUCUGACGUGCGAAUACGAUCAUUUAACACAUUUUGUACUUUUACUUGCAGGCUCUAGUGGCGCGGUUGAUUAUAUGAACAAUAGUCAUAUAUUGGAUAUACUCACAAACAUAAACAGCAUUUUGUCUUUACUAGGCCUUUUCGGUAUAUUAUUGACCGCUGUAUUAUUCGACAGAUGGAGAAACAAUACAGGAAAUCAAAUUUUGAUUAAUUUCACAGUGGCUGUAUCCAUAAAAAACGUUAUGCUCUACAUCAGUGAAGGGGUUUAUAGUGAAAAUAAUUCUAGCAUGGGAUGUACUAUAACUGGUGGUAUUUUACAUUAUUCUAUACUUUCGGAGUUUUGUUGGAUGUUGAUUAUAGCAAUAUUACAAUUUAAAAGAUUCGUAGAAGUUCUUGGAGGACCUCUCAAAUACGUUUUGCUCAAAGCUUGUAUUUGUGGUUGGGUAUUUCCAUCCCUCCCGGUAUUUCUUAUUAUUAUCAUUGAUGUUAAUAACUACAACGCUAGUAAAGUAGGUUUGUGCUAUCCAUCAGGUUUUGGUUUAUAUUUAGGGGUUUGGCUCCCUCUGUUAGUGAUAAUAAGUAUAAAUUCCAUAAUUUUUGUCUUUAUACUUUACAAUGUUUUCCAUAAAAAAACCGAAUACAGAGAGCAAGUGAAUCAUGAAAUUAUAUUUCAAUGGCGACUCGCUAUACUCCUAUUCUCUAUGUUGGGUCUAACUUGGGUUUUCGGAUUUCUAGCUCUAUUAUCUUCGGUUACAAUAUUUGCAGUAAUUUUUUGUUUUUUGGCUACCUUACAAGGGUUCAUAAUGUUUUUGUUUUUUAUUGUCUUCAACAAAAAUACGAGAUACAUGUAUAUACAGGGUUUUAGUUGGUGGAUGUAUUCUAAGGGUUAUAAAGACAGAUUGCAUUAAACCAAAUAAUGCAAAUAGCGGUUGACCAGUCAUCAUGUAUACGAAGAUGGUCUCAGAAGUACCUGGCCCGACCUAAAGAUGACGGUAGUUGCUUGAAAAAUACCAUAGAAAUUACACAAUCUAUGCAGUAUGUGUUUAGAGUUUUAAGACGCCACGUUUUUUGGUAUUUGUUUGUAUUUGAACGUUUUCAGUGAAUUUGUGAACAUAGAAAACAUUGGUCACCGUUAUGUGACACAUACUUUUAUUUGAAAGGCCUUAACCCAACUAAUAUAGAAGCUGGACAAGAUUUUACUGUAAGUGCAGAGUUUAAACGAGGCCCUAUGACCUGCGAAGACCAUCACCCCAGUAGUCGACAAAAUGAGGUGACGACUCAAGAAAUGUCGAAGAAAAUCCACAAAGCGGUACUGGACGAUCGUCGACUGCAAAUUUGGACAUGAGAAAACUGUGCGCAAGAUGGGAGCCGCGUUUUCUCACAAUGGAACAAAAACAGCGUCGAAAAUGUUUCCAACGAGUGUUUGGCCAUAUUUUAGAUAAGUAAAGCCGAAUUGUUGCACCGUUUCUAACCAUGGAUGGAACAUGGGUCAUUCACUUCACACCCGAAACAAAAGAACAAUCAAAACAAUGGACUGAUAAGGGAAUACCGGCUCCAAAAAAGGCAAAGACCGUUCCAUAUGUAGGCGAGGACGUGGCGUCGGUUUUUUGGGAUGCGCGUGGAAUAAUUUCCACUAACUAUUUUAAAAAGGGAAAAACUAUCAACGGCGAGUACCAUGCAAACUUAUUGCAACGUUUGAGCGAAGAAAUCAAGCAAAAACGGCCGCAUCUGGCUAAGAAGCUGGCUAUUGCUAUAGCCAAAAUUAAUGGAUUAAAAUUUGAAUUGCUAACUGUAUUCACCAGAUUUAGCCACCUUGGAUUAUUUUCUGUUCCCAAACUUAAAAAAAUGGCUCGGUGGUGGAAAAUUGUUUGGAGCUGAACGCUAGUAUUUUAUUUUUUGGGACAGGUACUUGUGCGACCACCCUCGUAAUCGGAAUGGACCGAAAAUCUGAAAUGAAAUAAAAUUUUCGGGACUGGCCUAUUUUAUCCCAUGAAACUCACAACCUAAUAGUAGUUCUUCUUUCUAAAUAUCGACACGUUAUGAAUAAAAAAAUUGAAAA